GCAGGCUCCUCCCGGCGUGCUCCGGAGGAACGGCUGUCGGUUUCUGUCCGUGGCCAGCCAGGGGCCGGGGUGUCCUGCUUCUGGUCGCCGAGCCCCCACUCCAGGAAGAGCCAUGGCGCUCAGGGUCACUAGGAAUUCGAAAAUUAACACUGAAAAUAAGGCCAAGGUCAGCAUGGCAGGCGCCAAGCGAGUGCCUGUGGCAUUUGCUGCAGCCUCCAAGCCCGGACUGAGACCCAGAACCGCGCUUGGAGACAUUGGUAACAAAGUCAGCGAGCAGGUACAGACAAGCAUGCCUCUGAAAAAGGAAGCAAAAACUUCAGCUGCUGGAAAAGUUACUGCUAAAAUCAUACCAAAACCUGUGGAGAAGGCGCCAGUGUGUGAGCCAGAGGUGGAACUUGCUGACCCUGAACCUGUUAUGGAAGAAAAGCUUUCUCCCGAACCUAUUUUGGUUGAUAAUCCCUCUCCAAGCCCAAUGGAAACUUCUGGAUGUGCACCUGCAGAAGAAUAUCUGUGCCAGGCUUUCUCUGACGUCAUUCUUGCAGUGAGUGAUGUGGAUGCAGAUGACGGAGCUGAUCCGAACCUCUGUAGCGAAUAUGUGAAAGAUAUAUACACUUACCUCAGACAGCUGGAGGAAGAGCAGUCAGUUAGACCAAAAUACUUACUGGGUCGUGAAGUCACUGGAAAUAUGAGAGCCAUCCUCAUUGACUGGCUAGUACAGGUUCAGAUGAAAUUUAGGCUGCUGCAGGAGACCAUGUAUAUGACUGUUUCCAUUAUUGAUCGGUUUAUGCAGAACAAUUGUGUGCCCAAGAAGAUGCUCCAGCUGGUUGGUGUGACUGCCAUGUUUAUUGCAAGCAAAUAUGAAGAAAUGUACCCACCAGAAAUCGGUGACUUCGCUUUUGUGACUAACAACACCUACACGAAGCACCAGAUCAGACAAAUGGAAAUGAAGAUUCUAAGAGUUUUAAACUUCAGUCUGGGUCGCCCUUUGCCUCUACACUUCCUCCGUAGAGCCUCUAAAAUUGGAGAGGUUGAUGUUGAGCAGCAUACUUUGGCCAAAUACCUCAUGGAGCUCACCAUGCUGGAUUAUGACAUGGUACACUUUGCUCCUUCUCAAAUUGCAGCUGGGGCUUUCUGCUUAGCACUGAAAAUCCUUGACAACGGUGAAUGGACACCAACUCUGCAGCACUACCUCUCCUACACUGAAGACUCUCUCCUUCCUGUUAUGCAGCACAUGGCUAAGAACAUAGUCAUGGUGAACCAAGGCCUUACAAAACACAUGACUAUUAAGAACAAGUAUGCAACAUCUAAGCAUGCUAAGAUCAGCACUCUGGCACAGCUGAAUUGUACACUAAUUCAAAAUUUGUCCAAGGCUGUGAAAAAGGCGUAAUAGCUCAAAUGGACUACUCCAUCUGCAAAUGCAAUUGGCACCAUGUGCCACCUGUACAUAGUAUACGUGCUCUUCAAUAAAGACUUUUUACUUUCCAUAGCUCA